AUGAAACAACAUCUAGCAAAAGUUAAGGGGAAUAUAGCAGCAUGCAAGAAGGUUCCAUAUGAUGUUAGAUUUCAAAUGCAGGAGAACUUAAAGGAUAUUUCAAAAAGAAAACAACAAGUGCAAGAGGAGUUAGAAAGCACACGAUUUCCAAUAGAUGCUGAAGUAGACGAAGGAGGGGAUUCUUCCUCCCAACCUAAAUCCCAAUCCUCUGAAGCAUAUAUAUUAGAACUUGCUAAGGGGAAGAGAAAGCUUGCUGAGAUUGACACUUUCUUUGCUCCAAGAACAAAAUCAGGUUCACCACCUUCAAUCAAAAGUGUUUUGGCAUCUAAGGAAGUAGUACAUCAUGCUGACCUAGCUCUAGCAAGGUGGUUUUUUUAUUGUUGCAUACCUUUCAAUGCCUUAAAUUCACCAUAUGCACAGAAAGCUGUGGAUGCUAUAACUGCUAUAGGUCCUGGAUACAAGCUUCCAUCUUACCAUAAUAUGAGGGUUAACCUACUUAAGGAUUAUAAAGAGGAGUGUAGGUUACUCAUUGAUUGCUAUAGAAAUACUUGGAAGGACACAGGAUGUACUCUUAUGGCGGAUGGAUGGACUGAUGGAAGGAGUAGAACAUUAAUAAAUUUUAUGAUUUAUUGCCCCCGUGGUGUAUCUUUUUUGAAAUCAGUGGAUGCAUUAGAUAUUGUUAAGGAUGCUACAAACUUGUGCUCAUUAUUUAGUGAAAUUGUUGAGUGGGUAGGGCCUGAAAACAUUGUUCAGCUUGUUACCGAUAAUGCUGCUAAUUACAAGAAAGCAGACUUGGGCAGCAUGCCUCUCAUAGAGGACUUGGCAAAGAAAGCAUCCAAUGUGAUGAUUUUUGCUUAUAAUCAUGUUUAUGUACUUGCUUGGCUUAGGAAAAGGCAGGGUUGGAAGGAGAUUGUGCGUCCAGGAGCCACACGAUUCAAAGAUAGCCAAAACCUGUACGGGGAAAGAGCAGCUGCAAUAAUCUUAGAUUUAAAGUUUUGGAAUGAUUGUUUAAUAAUUUCAAAGAUAGCAGGUCCUUUGAUCAGGUUGUUGCGCAUUAUGGACUCAGAUGAGAAACCAUCACUUGAUUAUUUAUAUGAUGGAAUGUAUAGGGCACGGAAGGCAAUCAAAGCUAUGUUUAGAAAUGUUAAAAGAUUAUAUAAGCCAUUCACCAGUAUAGUAAAAAGAAGAUGGGAUACUCAAUUAAGACAAGGCAUUCAUGCAGCAGCAUAUUUUCUAAAUCCUCAAUUUCAGUACGAAAAGGAGAAUUACUAUCAAAAGACAGAAGUAUUGCAAGGACUUGUUGAACUUAUUGGAAAUAAGGAUGUUUUUCAUAAGCCCAAACUUGCAAUGAAUGAGGUUGGAUUAUUUCGAGAUAGCUUAGAAAGUUUUGGAAAAUCAAUUGCUCUAACGAUGGCAAAGGAAAUGCAACCUGAUGAGUGGUGGAAGAUGUUUGGAUCAAGUGCCCUUAACUUGCAGAAAGUUGCUAUAAGAAUUCUUAGCCAAACAUCAUCAUCAUCUGGUGAACUUGAGAAUGAAGGAGAUGGAGAUGACUUUAUUGACUUCAAUGAUUUAGGUGCAUUUGUGGCUGCAGAUUUUAGUGAAGCAGGACAUGAAGACUUAAAUUGUGAGGAUAGCUUUCACGAUGCAAAUUAG